AUGCUCGUACUCCCAAUCCUUGCUCAUGGAUCGAACAUUAUCAUGUCCAAUGAUGACGGAUGGGCGGAAAUCAAUCUUCGAACUUUUUAUGAUACUUUGAGUAGCGCAGGAGAGUCACCCGUCGUGUCGGCUCCGGCAGAGAAUAAGUCAGGAACAGGAUCUCUUGAUGGGGAGGCAGAUGAAGUCAAGGACGGAUGCGAAUUUGAGAGUUGCCCCCCUGGAAGCCCCGCGGUUGGACUCAAUAGCUCCGAUCCACGCCUGAAUUACGUGAACUCGUUUCCGGUGACCUCGAUGGCAUAUGGAAUUUCUACAUUGUCUCCCAAAUUCUUCCAAGGACCACCAGACUUUGCAGUUACAGGACCUAAUGUUGGCUCAAAUCUCGACGUUCAAGUUCCUUUCUCUGGCACAGUUGGUGCAGCGAUUGAAGCAAUCAAGACCGGCAUUCCAGCCAUUGCCUUCAGUGGACGCAGCGGCUCUCAAACAGCAUGGACGGCACCCACUCCAGGCUACUCUAUUGUGUACGCUCAGCUUGCAACAAAUUUGACAGCAACAAUCCUCAAUUCUGGAAAGCCAUAUCUUCCUGAAGGUACUUGGCUCAAUGUCAACUUCCCAGCCUCAUCAGCGACAUCCUGCUCGAGUGUCGGUGAUUUUAAGUUCGUUUUGAGUAGAAUAUUUCCCGCAAUUCCGUUUUUCGAGCCUGAUGACGUCGAGACUUGCGGCGAUGAUCGUUUAUCUUUGGAGAGGAAGGUUGUGGGAACAGAAGGAUGUUUUGUAAGCAUCAGUGUUGGGGACUCGAAUAAACUGGAUGCGGACGCAAUGACUCAAGAGAUAGUACUGAAGAAACUAGGCGGGCUUUUGACUUGUCUCCCUUGA